CCUUCUACCUCUGCGAGCGGGGAGGGGUUAGUUUCCCACAGGGGAUUUCAACCAUCACACUCAGAGCCCGCCUCCUAAUCCUCGGGCGGAGCGGCUCGGGGGCCCCAUUUUAUGGCAAUAAAGCGACUUAGCGCCUGCUGAGCGAGCCCCUCCCCGCCGCCGCCCCCGCCCUCGGCCCCACCCCGGGGCUCGCCCGCAGCGGCGGGGCUUUGUUUCGGGGGAGGAGGACCCGGAGCUCUUUUGUUUGGGGGUUUGGUGUUUUCACCUCCCCCCCCGCACCCCCAACCGUUCCCCCCCCCCUCCGCGCCUCUCCGGUUUCCUGAGCUGCGGGCUGCAAGGGAGGAGAAGCGGCGUCUUGCAACCCCCUCGGCUGGGCCCCGGGGUAAUUCGAUGCGGGCCUGGCGAGGCUCCCCCCGCUAGACCCGGGCUCGCGUCUCGGCAGCCUCCACCCACCGGCCCACCCUACAUUUAGCGCAUCAUGUGAUCCGGUGACCUGGAGCAUCUUUUCCUAUGUUUGUAGGAUCAAUGUGACUCUGGAAACAAAUGGAUGAAUGAAUAUCCAUAUGAAGAGGAAAACAAUAAAGAAUAUCAACACCUUUGAGAACAGAAUGUUAAUGCUUGAUGGGAUGCCGGCAGUCAGAGUCAAAACAGAGCUUUUGGAAUCUGAACAAGGGCCUCCAAACGUCCACAACUACCCCGAUAUGGAAGCUGUUCCCCUGUUGCUAAAUAAUGUGAAAGGGGAACCCCCGGAGGACCCGUUAUGCGUAGAUCACUUCCAGACACAAACUGAGCCAGUGGACUUGUCCAUCAACAAAGCCAGGACAUCCCCCACAGCCGUUUCCUCCUCCCCCGUUUCCAUGACAGCGUCCGCCUCCUCCCCUUCUUCAACUUCAACCUCUUCGUCGUCUUCUAGUCGUCCAGCCUCGUCCCCAACUGUUAUAACAUCAGUAUCUUCAGCAUCAUCUUCGUCAACGGUAUUAACUCCCGGGCCCCUUGUUGCCUCUGCCUCUGGUGUGGGAGGCCAGCAGUUUUUGCACAUUAUCCAUCCCGUUCCGCCUUCAAGUCCCAUGAAUUUACAGUCUAACAAACUGAGUCACGUUCACCGCAUCCCCGUGGUGGUCCAGUCGGUGCCUGUUGUCUACACAGCUGUGCGGUCACCUGGAAAUGUGAACAACACUAUCGUCGUACCACUUUUGGAGGAUGGGAGAAGCCAUGGCAAAGCACAAAUGGACCCCCGAGGCCUAUCUCCCAGACAAAGUAAAAGUGACAGUGAUGAUGAUGACCUGCCAAAUGUGACCUUAGAUAGCGUUAAUGAAACUGGAUCCACGGCCCUUUCCAUAGCCAGAGCAGUACAAGAGGUACAUCCGUCCCCAGUAUCAAGGGUCCGGGGAAAUCGAAUGAAUAAUCAGAAGUUUGCUUGUUCAAUCUCACCAUUUAGUAUUGAGAGCACAAGACGCCAGAGAAGGUCUGAAUCCCCGGACUCCAGAAAACGGCGUAUCCACAGAUGUGAUUUCGAGGGAUGCAACAAAGUGUACACAAAAAGUUCUCACCUGAAGGCUCAUCGAAGGACGCAUACAGGAGAGAAACCCUACAAGUGUACCUGGGAAGGCUGCACCUGGAAAUUUGCCCGUUCGGAUGAACUGACGAGGCAUUACCGCAAACACACAGGAGUGAAGCCAUUCAAGUGCGCGGACUGCGAUCGCAGCUUUUCCCGGUCAGAUCACUUGGCACUGCACCGCCGGAGGCAUAUGCUGGUGUGAGGAAGGCUACCUGUCCAGCUGAGCGUAAGAGCUGGAUCUCUUAGCGGCACCCAAUUCAGCAGGGCUGAAUCCCCUUCCCAGUGUUAACACAAAAGGGCAUCACCAUCCCACGAUGUCUGAAAGCAGAGCAGGAAAAAGAAGCAGUGACACUUCUUUCGGUCUGAAGGUAACCCCCAUCACGACUACACGAGAAACAACUUCACGCUGGCCUGGGAGAUCGGUGACACAAAUGCUGAAGAGACAGGCAUUGUUUUCCGUGCUGUGUCCUCUGCCAUUUCAAGAUGUUUGUAGUUUGUACAUUUUCCGAGCUGUCAGACGUUUUGUUAUUGAUACUUUAAAGGUCAUCUACCCCAACUUGAUGGCUAGAGCGAGACCUUGUCAAUUUGAAUUAUUCUCCCAUCAUCCCACCCCUGAACCCGUUUUUACAAAAGUUUGAGUUACUGUCUCAGUAAGAUAGAACCCACUUCCAAUCUGUUACCAGCAAGCAGCCUGAAAGUAGAAAAGAAGAAGCGGUUGGAGAGGUUCCAUUACCUGAAAAGAAAGGAGCGCUCAGGCAGCCCUUUGCAAUAGCGAUGGCAGCCACUAGAUAUCACCCGCAACUUGUCCUUGUGCCAUCCAUGCCCUGGAGAAAACCAACAUUGAUUCUUUCAUUUGUUUGUUGUUGAUCGUUUUUUUGUUUUGUUCUGCUUCUGUUUUGUUCAUCUGUUCGAGCAGAGGGGCAGCGACAUUUCAGUUGGAGUCUAGUCCUGGUGUCUGCCCCGGCAUGGACGGGCACAGAGCUGUUCUGUAGUUGAAUAGGAAGAGCCUGUC